GAUCCAUUCAGCCGCAGCCGCCCGGGCGGAGCGCGUCCCGCAGCCGGCUCGUCCCCGUCGCGGCUCCGGCGCUCGUUCCAGCCCGGACGCCCCGGCACUCGUUCGCCAUGGCGGCCACGGACCUGGAACGCUGCUCGAAUGUGGACCCAGAGCCCCGGAGCCUCUCGCUGGGUGGCCAUGUGGGCUUCGACAGCCUCCCGGACCAGCUGGUCAGCAAGUCGGUCACUCAGGGCUUCAGCUUCAACAUCCUCUGUGUGGGGGAGACCGGCAUUGGCAAGUCCACCCUGAUGAACACGCUCUUCAACACGAACUUUGAGACCGAGGAGGCCAGCCAUCACGAGGCCUGCGUGCGCCUGAGGCCCCAGACCUACGACCUGCAGGAGAGCAACGUGCACCUCAAGCUGACCAUUGUGGAUGCUGUGGGCUUCGGAGACCAGAUCAACAAGGAUGAGAGGCCCAUCGUCGACUACAUUGAUGCGCAGUUUGAAAGCUAUCUGCAGGAGGAGCUCAAGAUCCGCCGCUCUCUCUUCGACUACCACGACACCAGGGUCCAUGUCUGCCUGUACUUCAUCACACCCACCGGGCACUCCCUCAAGUCCCUGGACCUGGUGACCAUGAAGAAGCUGGACAGCAAGGUGAACAUCAUCCCCAUCAUUGCCAAGGCUGACACCAUCUCCAAGAGCGAGCUCCACAAGUUCAAGAUCAAGAUCAUGGGUGAGCUGGUCAGCAACGGGGUCCAGAUCUACCAGUUUCCCACAGAUGACGAGGCUGUCGCAGAGAUCAAUGCAGUCAUGAAUGCGCACCUGCCCUUUGCUGUGGUGGGCAGCACCGAGGAAGUGAAAGUGGGCAACAAGUUGGUGCGUGCCCGGCAGUACCCCUGGGGCGUGGUGCAGGUGGAGAACGAGAACCACUGUGAUUUUGUGAAACUGCGGGAGAUGCUGAUCCGCGUGAACAUGGAAGACCUCCGUGAGCAGACCCACACCCGGCACUACGAGCUCUACCGGCGCUGCAAGCUCGAGGAGAUGGGCUUCCAGGACAGUGACGGCGACAGCCAGCCCUUCAGCCUACAGGAGACGUAUGAGGCCAAGAGGAAGGAGUUCCUGAGCGAGCUGCAGAGGAAGGAGGAGGAGAUGAGGCAGAUGUUCGUCAACAAAGUGAAGGAGACAGAGCUGGAGCUGAAGGAGAAGGAGAGGGAGCUCCACGAGAAGUUCGAGCACCUGAAGCGGAUCCACCAAGAGGAGAAGCGCAAGGUAGAGGAGAAACGCCGGGAGCUGGAGGAGGAGAGCAGCGCCUUCAGCCGCAGAAAGCUGGAGGUCCUGCAGUCACAGGCCUUGCAGGCCACCUCCCAGCAGCCCCUGCGCAAGGACAAGGAUAAGAAGAACAGAUCAGAUGUAGGAGCGCAGCAGUCGGGCAUGAGCUUGUCCAGCUCUAAGGUGAUGAUGACCAAGGCCAGUGUGGAGCCCUUGAACUGCAGCAGCUGGUGGCCCGCCAUACAGUGCUGCAGCUGCUUGGUCAGGGAUGCGACGUGGAGGGAAGGAUUCCUCUGAAGCUGCAGCAUCUGCUCCUGGGGCCAGCUCACGACAAUCAGGCCGUGGAACUGGAGAACAGGAUUUUUUAACUUUAGAAUGGAAAAACCCCCUCCUUUUCCUACGUCAAUGACCAGAAGUGCAAACCAUUGAACUUCCCAUCAGAGAGCACCUGGUGUUACCAAACCCUGUUUAUUCUUAGUCAUGGCCCCACCAAGGUGGGCAGGGCAGGGGAGCAGUGGAGUCGGGGGGGCUUGGGGGGGCCAGUGAAAGAGGCUUAAUGCCCGCUGGGUGGCCAAGCAGAGCUUCGACUCUGGAGAGACAGAGUGUAUUGUAGGACAAGGUCCUUAUCAGUUUAAAAGGACCUAGUUGACAAUGUUUCCAUUCUGAACAAAAAGACACAUUAAUCAAGCUCAAAGUAGCAGAAAAGUUACUUGUAUCAGCUUGGAGAGAAGAAACUCUAACUUGGCAACAGUGGCCAUUUUUCAAAAGAAACAUCCCUUAAUGAUUGAAUCUCCAAGCCUCCCAACAGCCCAAACCGCUCAACAUUGCCACAUCAAGUAAUUUUGCCUUACUAACAGAAUCCUGUCCUGACAGAUGAUGCCCACAUCCCAACUCCGACAAACACAAACUAAUGAAUGCUAUUUUUUUAAGUGCCAGAUCAAUAUGGUCUAAAGCCUCAGUAAGGAUUGUGUGUAGGUGAAUCGAGACAGCUAAGUGAAUGUGUGUAUAAAGUGAGCAAGAUAGAUAUUUAUGUACAAUAUUCUUAGAAUGCAAAGUCCAAUAUUUUUGCAGCAAGUAUUCAAAAGAGUAAAUUAACCACAGUCAUGCCGUUGUAAACACUUUUUUGUAAAGUUAACCCAGUAUCCUUUCCAAGUGCGAGUCUGAUGGACUGGUGUUGAACUUGAGAUACGUCUCCCCCUUCUGUAUGUCAUGAGCCUUGUGGGUCACCCCCUGUGUGGCGCAUGUACAACAACGUGUGCGUGGACGUGCUUGGCCGUCCAGUGUGUGAACAGCUGUUCCAAAGGCAGAUUCUGCAAACCCCUCAUGCUUACUAUAGUCAAAAAGUCCAGUGGCGUCGCAAGAUACAGGUCCCAAUGCAGUUUGUCCAGAAUGGUCAGCUCCAUCCUCAGCAGCUCAUUUGGGCUGUAGGCAGGGCCGUAGUGCUCUAUGAAGUCUUUCACCUGUGGAACUAACU